AUGAGCAACGCAGCUGGCCUUGAAGGUCGACGUCGGCAAGUAUGGGAACGGGUCGUCUCCUUGCAGCAACGAAAGCUGCCAUUGUCGCAAUCCUCUCCGUUCCCAAAAGGCACAUCUGAGGUUCAACGGAAGGCGUUGAAUGCGCUGCUGGCCGAGGCCCUUCCCGCCCUUGCAGAUGAGGUGGCGAGGGAUGAGCAGCUCCAAGAUGAGAUCCUCGACGUGCUGUCCGAGAUUGUCGAUGGCAACCUGACCUCUCAAGCUUUCUUCAAGUGCCUUGAAAGGGAGUGUAAAACCAAAAUGCAGAAGUUCGAUGCCAAGGCCUGGAGGUCCGGCAUGAUUUCCUUGCUGGAUGAGUUUUGCCGCAAGGACUCGUUUGUCUACCCGGAAAUCAAGUACCUUGCCGACUCUGACGACACUGAGGCGCCUGCGAAUAGCUCCGAGCAAGCGUCGCAUCGGGAGCUGUCCAAUCAAUCGAGGUGA